ACCAGCUGUCGAUUACAUAGCUAUCGGAGCACAUGCUGCAAGAAACUGUAACCACGACUAGUAAACAUUUCGUUUGUGAUUGGAGCUAAAUAGUGCGAAAAUAAUGACCAACACGGGGCAAAUAGUGUCCAAAGGCACAUUAAAUGACGGUUUAGUUAAUAGUAGUGUAAUUUUCCGUCGAAAUCGUGCAUUGGGCUAUGUGAGCAACAGCGUGCCCGCCGCGAUACGGUAUGUACGCCGUCGUAAGGAUACCUUGAUCACCACUUGUAUUGGUCGUUCCUUUCAAGUGUACACGGCCAGCCAUUUUCGCCUCUUACAUGUCGGGCCAGUGCAUCCAGAUGAGAUAACCGCCUUGGCUAUGGAUCGUAUACACACUUAUACGGCCAGUAAUCGUUGUAUUUACGCUUGGCGCGCCGGCAAACACCAGCGACACGUGUUUCGUGGUCACACACGCAAUGUACAUUUGUUGUUGCCAUUCGGGGCACAUCUAAUAGCGGUGGAUGAGGCGAAUGUUUUACGCGUUUGGGAUAUAGCAACGGAAGAAGUAUACUUGGAAUUACAAUUCAAUGCGGAUGAGUUUUUAAUAACCGCAUUGGCACAUCCGCCUGCCUAUCUGAACAAAAUUGUAUUAGGCUCACAGCAGGGUAUGCUUAAAAUUUGGAAUAUUAAAGAGAAUCGUUUGGUGUAUACUUUUGCUGGUGUGGGCAGCAAGGUUACGUGUAUACAACCAUCACCAGCGUUAGAUGUUGUAGCAGUUGGUCAUCAAGAUGGCACUAUUAUUGUGCUCAAUCUCAAAUUCGACGAGGUGCUUAUGAAGUUUAAGCAAGACUGGGGACAAGUUUCACAGAUAUCGUUCAGAACAGAUGGACCACCCAUAAUGAUCACUGCGUGUUCUAAUGGUCACGUCGCAUUUUGGAAUCUGGAGGAUCGUAAGAUUGCUGGCCAAUUACAAGCGCACGAGGACUCCGUGGCUACGGCUAUUUGCUUCCACAACGAACCGCUACUUUUUACCACUUCGCCAGAUAAUUCGAUGAAAUUGUGGAUCUUCGAUAUGCCAGAUAAUGGCGCGCGUAUGUUACGCAUAAGAGAAGGACACACCGGACCACCCUUGUGUAUAAGAUAUCACGGCAAUACUGGCACCACAAUACUUUCCGCUGGUGAAGACAGUGCUUUGCGUGUAUUUAGCACACUGACAGAAUCAUUUAAUAAAAGUAUGGGCAAAGCUAGUUACAAUCGAAAACAGUCCAAAAAAAGAAACCGUUUCGAAGAGGAUUCAUUACGUAUGCCACCAAUCAUCGAGUUUACCAGCGAGACAACACGUGAGCGUGAAUGGGAUAAUAUAGCUGCUAUACACGAGGGCAUCAUACAAACGACAACAUGGUCAUAUCAUAAAAACCGUAUGGGCGAACAUCGUUUGGUACCGGAGAAAUUCCAAAACAAAAAUCGUACGGACUACAAUACAAUCACAACUUGUGUAACACUCACGCACUGCUGUAAUUUUGUUAUUAUUGGUUAUUCUAGCGGUGACUUGGAGCGCUUCAACAUUCAAAGUGGCAUACAUCGCGCGAGUUACGGUGCUCCAGCGCAUAAAACUGCAGUACGUGGUGUAGUUUCGGACAUUUUAAACCAAUUUGUCAUCUCUGGCUGUGGCGAUGGUCUAUUGAAAUUUUGGCCGUUCAAAGAAAAAGUUGCUAAUCAUAUCAAGUGCCUUAAAUUUUCUGAUGGAAUUUCACUGAUGCGCAUACACCGCGAAAGCGCUAUGCUUGCUGUUGCCUUGGUCAACUUCACCGUACACAUUGUGGAUGUGGACACGCGGGUCGUGGUGCGUAAAUUCGAGGGACACAUUGCGAAAUUGAAUGAUAUGACAUUCAGCCCCGACAGCCGUUGGCUUAUAACCGCAAGCAUGGAUUCCACAAUUAAAGUAUGGGAUAUACCAUCAUCCUACAUGAUAGAUCACUUCAAAGUGGAUCGUCCAUGUGUGUCGCUUAGCAUGUCGCCAAAUGGUGAUUUUUUGGCAACAGCACAUGUCAACUAUUUGGGCAUAUAUUUGUGGGCGAAUAAGAUGCUCUUCAACCAGAUUACACUACGCUCCAUCAAUCCAUAUAGCACACCACCAUUCGUUGGUCUACCAAUUAGUGCUAGCGAUGAGAUGGAUGUAGCUGAUUUGAUGGAGAAAACAAAACUGGGUGAAACGGGCGAUGAAGACGACGAGGACAUGAGUGAUGAAGAAGUGGGUCCUGAGAUCAAUUUAACCUAUGAAUCACCAGCACAGUUAGACUGUGAACUGAUUACGCUAUCUGGCGCUGCGGCAUCGCGUUGGCAAAAUUUGCUAGACCUUGAAGUAAUUAAGAAACGCAACAAGCCAAAGGCACCACCAAAAACGCCAAAGCAAGCGCCAUUUUUCCUGCCAACAGUUGCUGGUUUGGAUUUAAAAUUCGAUAUUGCGCAAGCCGCAGGCAAUGCAGCUGAUGAGGGUUCGCGUGUCUUGCAACCAGGUGCCGGUGGUCUCAGCACGUUAACCAACUUUGGCAAAAUGCUGCACGAGUCAGCAGACAGUAAAAUUUACGAACAAUGUGUGAAUCAUUUGAAACAACUUGGUCCAUCAAUGGUAGAUUUUGAAAUUAAAUCAUUGCAUCCGAAUGGCGGUGGUUCGUAUCGCAUCAUGGUCGCCUUUUUGAAAACAAUCGAGUCAAUGUUUCAAUCAAAUGCGAACUAUGAGUUGGCGCAAGCGUACUUGAGUGUUUUCUUACGUGUCUACGGCAUAGAUCUAUUGGAUUCAGAGUCGGUAAUUGACGCAUUGGAACAGGUGUCGGCAGUACAGGAAAAGAGUUGGAAAGUCGUUGAGGAGAAAAUGUUGUUUGGUUUGGGUGUUGUGACUGCACUCAGAAAUUUUGUGUAGAUUUGGAAUAGUUGAUAUUCGUAGACACUGAUUUAAGAUAAAAAUGUGCUACCAGCUUUUAUGGUAUUAAUGUAUAUAGAAAAUAUGGUUCACGUAUGUUUUUUUUAAAUAUACUAAUGAAAACUUA